GCCGGGCGGAGCCCCGCGGGCGGCGGCCCCGCACAGUCGGCGCGGAUGGCAGCGGCCGGGAGCGCGCCGCCCGCGGGCCGCAUGGCGGCGGCGGGGCCGCUGCGGCUGCUGGCGCUGGCGGCCGCCGCCGCGCUGCUGCCGCCCGCCGCCGCGCGGAGGCCGCCGCCGCGCUGCGCGCCGCCCUGCAGCUGCUGGCGGGAGUCGGCGCUGUGCGUGGGGGCGGCGGGGCCGCCGCGCAGCCUGCCCGCCGACCUCGGCUCCCUGAGCCUGGUGAACGGGACCUUCUCCGAGGUGAAGGACAGGAUGUUCUCCCACCUGCCCUCCCUGCAGCUGCUCUUGCUGAACUCUAACUCCUUCACUGUUAUCCGAGAUGAUGCCUUCGCUGGUCUCUUCCAUCUGGAAUACCUAUUCAUUGAAGGAAACAAAAUUCAAACCAUUUCAAGAAAUGCGUUUCGUGGCCUUCGAGACCUGACUCACCUUUCUUUGGCCAAUAACCAUCUUAAAGCUCUGCCAAGGGAUGUGUUCAGUGAUUUAGAUUCAUUAAUCGAACUAGAUUUAAGGGGAAAUAAAUUUGAAUGUGACUGCAAAGCUAAGUGGCUGUUUUUGUGGUUAAAGAUGACAAAUUCCACUGUUUCUGAUGUCCUGUGUAUUGGUCCAGCAGAAUAUCAGGAUAAGAAGUUAAAUGAUGUGACAAGUUUUGAUUAUGAAUGCACCACUACAGAUUUUGUUGUUCACCAGAUUUUGCCCUACCAGUCAGUUUCAGUGGAUACAUUCAACUCUAAGAACGAUGUGUUCGUAGCCAUUGCACAGCCUAGCAUGGAGAACUGCAUGGUCCUGGAGUGGGAUCACAUUGAAAUGAAUUUCAGGAGUUAUGACAAUAUCACAGGUCAGUCCAUAGUGGGAUGUAAAGCCAUUCUUGUUGGUGACCAAGUCUUUGUGGUGGUGGCACAGCUCUUUGGUGGCUCACACAUUUACAAGUAUGACGAAAGCUGGACAAAGUUUGUUAAAUUCCAAGAUAUUGAAGUAUCUCGCAUUUCCAAGCCAAAUGAUAUAGAGCUUUUUGAGAUAGACAGUGAGAUGUUUUUUGUUAUAGCAGAUAGCUCUAAAGCAGGUUUGUCAACAGUGUACAAGUGGAAUAACAAAGGUUUCUACUCCUACCAGUCACUUCACGAGUGGUUCAGGGACACCGAUGCCGAGUUUCUGGAUAUAGAUGGGAAAUCACAUUUAAUCCUCUCUAGCCGCUCACAGGUUCCCAUCAUACUCCAGUGGAACAAAGUUUCAAAAAAGUUUGUCCCACACAGUGAAAUCCCUAACAUGGAGGAUGUCUUGGCCGUGAAGAGUUUUAGGAUGGAAAAUAGCCUGUUCAUCACACUCACAAGAUUCAUUGGUGACUCCAGAGUCAUGAAAUGGAAUAGCAAACAGUUUGUGGAGAUACAGGCUCUUCCAUCCCGAGGAGCCAUGACGCUGCAGCCUUUCUCCUUUAAGAAUAAUUACUACCUAGCCUUGGGAAGUGACUAUACCUUCUCCCAGAUAUACCAGUGGGAUGGUGAGAAGAAGCUCUUCAGGUUGUUUAAAGAAAUCUAUGUGCAAGCACCGCGUUCUUUCACAGCUGUGUCAACGGAUCGAAGAGAUUUUUUCUUUGCUUCUAGUUUUAAAGGGAACACACAAAUAUUUGAACAUAUAAUCAUUGACCUGAGUUUAUGAAAAGCUGCUGAAGUGAAAUUCAUUUAGAAUGGCAUUUAUACACAAGCAAAACAAAGAGAGACCCAUCCAAAAAUAGGGUGCACCUGUGGAGUGCGACAGCAUUUUCUGGACUUCUAAAACUUGCCUAUUAAUCAGGGAUUGCAUCUACUUGGUUACUGCAUGACAUGUCCAUUUUAGCGUUUUUCAAAGACACUUUACAAUCUGCAGUCAUUCAGAGGGGAGUGCAGUGCAUUAGGAUUAAUUCUGACAUCAAGGACUGAUCUGAAUUUUACCUAGAAAACUGCCUUAAAUUGAAUAUCUCAUUAAAAAAGCAAAGAGGAAACCAUACAAAGCAUAGAAAUGGCCUUGAUUCCUAAACUAACAUCUCAGUAGUGAUAUUUAAGAUGGGAAGCAGUUGUGCAUAGUUGCUGAUAGACUGUAAAAGUGAACAGAAACUUUCCAAAAUGCACUAUCUGUUGGGUUCUUGAGGUCCGUCUUCAGAAUCUUUGUUGUUUAUAAUAAGCCUAAGGCAUCACUUUAAUUCAUUGCAGAUCAAAGGGAAAGUCAUAAUCCACUGCUAUUUUUCUUCCCUUAAUCGGUAUUUCAGUAACAAAUUGUGCAUUACAAAUACCCAGCCCAAAAUGGCUGGGUAGCCAGGAAAAGAAGGGUCUGUCACUUCUGGACUGUGGGAUCUUAACAGUGUUAGGUUAAUACUGACAGAAAGUCAGAGAGCUGCUUGGUGGCAUGAGUGAAUCAACUGCAAGCUCAGUCCAAUUUAUAAUGUAUUAAUAGCUUUUCCAAAAAUACACCCCAUUUGGCCCUCAGUCACACUCUUCCUGAUGAUCCCCGUAGCUUCUGGGGCAUUUUAACAAGGAAUCUGUCAUGAUCUCCCGUUCUUCUAGAAAGCACAGCUUAAAUUUAGUUUGAAAGAUACAUCUGUGUUCAUGUUCUCCAAGCCGUAGGUCUCCUGCACACAGUGAGCUGAUUUAUUCUCCAAAGUUCUCACUCCAGCACAGCUCCCAAGCCGUAAAUUCAAAUGUAGGUCAUCACAAGAUGUAUUUGGGGAGUCGUUCUUCUGGCUGAGAUCUAAAUGCUACUUUGGUAUCACCAAAUCUUUUGAAAUCAAGGCAGCCAGAGCUGUUUCAAGCUAAGCCUAACCCUGGCUCCAAAAUAGGAAUUUUCCUCUUGAUCGUUCCAGGCUUUUGUCAGGAUGCCAGCCAAAAAGUCAGAUUGAACAGCAGGAUGUGAACAGACCAUGCUAUAUUGGGUACUCUUAAAAAUAUUUUGGGUGGCUGCAGACAAAGACAUUCCCUCAUCCUCAGCAGGGUAGUCAUGGCAUGCAUAGAGCCUCUGCCAGGCUGUCUACACCCUUAUCCAUAAAAGCUGCAUAUCAGAGCCUUCUUUUGUUUCACUUAUGCAAUAUGUUUCUUUAAACUUUCCUACUAAUUAGCAUAUUAGCCUGUUUUAUCAUGAGCCUGUUUCUGCUGCACUCCUGACUUGGGGAAUAACAAGGCUUUGUGUAAAGCAAGCAGAGCAAAUGAAGCUGCCCUUUAUUCUUCGUUAACAAAGGCUAUCGCAGCGCUGCCGGAGCUUCACUUUUUUGCCUUGAACAUGCAGAAACAAGAUCUAUUAUCACAAAUAGAGAUGUUCCUCACAGGCUUUGCGACAUCCAAGAUGUGAACGGUGCCGCAGAAGCAGAUGAUGCUCAAGGACUCCCAUGAGGAGUCAUAAGCUACCAGUGACCCGGAGUAUCCCAGUCUUCACCAACUUUUGUCUAGCUGCUCUGAAAUAAAAUUAUUCCUGGCCUGACAGAGAUACUCAUUUUAUUGUGUUUUUAAAUUCCGUGUUAAUUUUUCUCCUAGGUAGGUGCUCAUCCUGGGUUUAUUUUUAAGUACAGUUCAGCUCUCUGAAGUAUUGAGCUCUGCCUCUGAAUCCGAAUGCGGUGUCAGUUCCCGUGAUUCAGGCUAGUAGAUACUCUCUGUCUUCAUCUCGCAAACCAACCGUCUGCAGAAAGUUUUGGCAAUAGCUCUCCUAGGAUUAAGCCAGCAAGUCCCACAAAACUAAGAUAUGAUUAGCAUGUCUGACAGUGAAUGAAAUUUCUUACUGUUUUCCCGGUUUACUUUUUAAAGCCUCUCCUUAUGCAGUGGAUAUGGCUGGCAAGCAGUUUCUUUAAACUGCAUUGUCAGAGGCGUUUUUCGUUGCUUUUCUGUCCGUUGUGCCUGUUUAGCUACGGUCAUUUUUUCUGCAAAGGAGGGGCAUUUCUCAGUGCGCUAGCACUUUCUUUUCGGGCUCACUGCUAGUACGCUUAACUCAGCAAGGGACAUAAGUCCAAAAAGUAAAAAGCUAGUUUAAAGGAACUGGAUCUUGAUAUUUUUGAUCCGAAGGAACGCAAGAGGAUGGUGGAAAAGGGCUUUUGUAUCCAGUAGCAAACGAUUGCACUAUUCGAGAGCCAAGGGGCUUUGAGACUCGGCUAUCAAGUUGAAUUAAAUUAAAACAGUCUCUGCAGAGACGGGCUUAAUAAAGAGGAUAAAGUGAUCAACGGGAGUGUAGCUCAUUCGCGUGGGACCAGAAGGAGCGAGUGCGGAGAGUGGAUGUUGCAGGCCAGCAGCGUCUCUGCUGCACAGCCGCCGGCCCCGGAGCCGAGCACCAACCCCGGCCGGAGCGCCGGCUCGGCACCCGCCCCGCUUUCUGCCGAGUUAGCACACGGGGCUGUCCUGGGAUCAAAGCAGCAGGGAGGGGGGCACAGAAGCACCAGCUGGUGAAGAAAAGGGGUCACCAUGCAUUUUACAGAGCUAAGUAAGGCAGUGUCUCAAAAAGAGCCUUGUUCUGCUCUCCCUGUUCCCAAGGAAGAGCUCCAGAUUACAGCCAAAAUAACAGCAGUUACUACGUGCCUAAAAUACUGUUUCUUUCUGCCUUUCCAAAUGCAACAAUAGUAUUGUCUCCCUGGCCUGUAUUCUGUAAUAUAAAUUGUUUUGAGUAGUAAAUAAACUAUGCAUAUCCAUAAUUUACUGCAGCUGUCAGAACAUCAGGAAAGUGUAGGGCAGUGAGAGCGGAUAACAGAACAUGCCCCUUGGUAAUUUUUAAUGUAUUUUCAAAUACGUACAAUUAUGUAAAGAGCAGUAGUUUAUAUAAAAAUACAUUUAAUACAGUAUGGUAGCUACAGUGGGAACAUUUAAAGGCUGCAUAUACAUUUAGCUUUUUUUAGUAAAAAGGAGAUGAUGUAAUCUAUGCUACUGACUGAUGUGUGUACUCUUUCAGUAUAUGAAUAAAAUGUAGUAACUGAGACUAA